AUGUCUUCCUCUGCAGUGGCCCCAGGCGGCUUGAGAAGUGCUGCUAAAAGAAAGAAUGCUGCCUCCAAGAAGAACAAGGAAGCUAAAGAACAGCCCUUGUCCACGAGAGCCGCUGGCGCUGGUGGUUCUUCGGCCACCAUGUUGAAGCUUUUCACAGAUGAGGCUCAGGGUUUGAGAGUAGAUCCAUUGGUUGUUCUUUUCUUGGCUGUCGGUUUUAUCUUCUCCGUCAUUAUCUUGCACGUUUUCGCCAAAGUCUCCGGCAAGUUCUUUUCUUAA